UGUGAACAAAUUAAACAACAAAUCGCUGUCAUCAAGCAAAGUGCCCGCGCUUCACUCUACGCUUCUGUAAACACCAUUUUGUAAACUUUUUUAAUCGUGUAAUCGUGUGUUCUUUUGUGUUAAUUAAACUGCCAUGGAAAUUAUAAAUCCAGGCCCAUCAUCUCACCAGACUACUGUGGCCGAUAAAUUACGUUCGAAAGAUGCUGCACGACGCUUCAAAUAUGGGUCACCGAAGCUGGUCGAUAUGAUGCGAGAGAAAUGCCGCAUCCGUAUCAAAGAAGCACGUAAUGAACAGUUCCUAAAGAAGCGUAACAUCAUUGAAGAGGAGAAAAAUUUCCUAGAAUCAAUUGUACGGGAGGAGCUUUCCGAGCUGGAACACGACAUUGCACUACAGGAACUGAUCUACAAGGAGCUUAUGGAGGAUACGGAACAGUGGUUGUUUUACGAGCAGGCGGAAAAUUAUCUCAUCGAUUCUUAUGACACCGAUACAGUAUUUUGUCCCAUAUGCGAACACAACGUACUGCGCCUCGAUAGUGUAGCCAAGCGGCUUAGCUGUUCCUGUGGUGUACUGUUGCAUUACGAUGGAUCGAUGGAAACAUUCAGUAAACUGCUGUCGGAAACGAUCGGACAGCAUUCGAUGCGUUGCGCAAAUAAUGUACAGUUUUUCACAGAGCCUAUCGUAGAUGUAGAUUUCGUCCAGUUAAACGCUUUCUGUCUCGGAUGUGACUUCUACCGCGAUCUGACGAGUUAAAGGUCGCGUGAGAAGAUAGGAUUUUUGUUUUGUUAUUUGCGUACGGUAUUUAGUUUUUAAAUUAUACUGUUUAUGAGUCACUCUUUUUGUAUUGCAUAGACCCAUCUUCAAGUUGACGAUUAGAUGUAAAAAAAAGUAAAAUAAAUGUUUGCUGUGUUUGAUAUACUGAA